CCACGUCGAAUACGACAACGGAGAUGGUUUUGGUCGACAUGCCAGAGGUCAAUAUUGUUCGGUAUGUUUGGGGGCCGCCGGGUGCAGUGGGCGCACAACCCGGAUCUCGCGGUGCCCCGCUUCCCCUUCACUGAGCCAGCCCGUGCGUGGAGGUGUGCAUGCGGCACUCGGCACAUGCUCUCGGUGUCGGCAGUAGUUGGCUGUAGUCUUACCGCGUAAUACGUCGCGCCCGCACACGAGCGCGAUGCAAUGCGACGCGCGCACCCACUAGCACGCUAUUAUGUUCGCGAUUGACACUAGCCAGAAAUAUGUGGAAUCAUCGCUGGGAUGGGCGGGCGAACGCGGCGAAGACUCGAGUUACGACUCUGAGUGUGAGGAGGAGGGCGCUCACAGAGCCGCCUCUCGCACACCGUCGGACACGCUCGCAGCGGAGUUUGCUGAAUAUGUCACCCUGACGCCUGCAUCCCCGCAACCUAAUCAGGCGAAGAUUGAAUUCGCAGUGAAGUUGGGUUACUCAGAAUGGCAGGCUAAGACGGCAUUGCAACGAUUGGGCCCCGAUCCCCCUCGCAAUGAGUUACUAGCAGAGUUGAUAAAAUUAGCAGCCAAGCAGCCGGCUCGGACGCUGUCCCCGCCGCCUCCGACGGAUCCCGAUCCUCAACCUAACCGUGAACCACUCAGGCAAAUCGUCAUUGAUGGCAGUAAUGUCGCUAUGAGCCAUGGCAACAAGGAGGUAUUUUCAUCCCGUGGAAUCGAAAUAUGCGUCGACUGGUUUCGCGCUCGUGGCCACAAAGACAUCAUAGUAUUUGUGCCCAAAUGGCGCAAAGAAUCAUCGCGGCCUGACAACCCGGUUGCGGACCGCGACGCAUUGGAGCGACUCGAACGCGACCGUGUCCUCAUCUACACGCCCAGUCGACUGGUCGGCGGCAAGCGGCUCGUGUGCUACGACGACAGGUAUAUACUACGACUUGCGGCAGAAACCGAUGGCAUCGUUGUCUCCAAUGAUAACUAUCGGGAUCUAGCAACGGAGAACCCAGACUUUCGCAAAGUCGUCGAGGAGCGACUGCUUAUGUAUUCGUUCGUCAAUGAUCGAUUCAUGCCACCUGACGAUCCACUGGGGAGAUCAGGUCCUACCCUCGAUGCAUUCCUUCGUGCGCCUCCAUCACGUGCCGACCCACCACCGGCCUGCCCAUACGGUCGAAAGUGCACAUACGGAAACAAAUGUAAGUUCCACCACCCCGAACGCGCUGGGCGACCGCAUAAAUCUGUUGCCGAGAAAUUAUCUGAAAGAGCCCGUGCAUUGCGUGCGCGCGACUUACACACGCUCAGCUUACCUCCGGAUGGCCGGCCCGUCGAUACAAAACGACCACUGGCAAGGGCCCACUCUGCAACACCGCGUUUAGCGGACGCUGCACUUGCGACGCAUUUCGAACGUGCACAAAUGCAACUCGCUGGGCCGUCCCAACCACUAAUACCACAGCCAAUGUCGCCACCAGACACGAAUACACAUCGUAAAUUAGCUCGUCAACUCACACUUAAUCCAGCAUGCGAUCCGCGGCUCACUCAUGCGGCAGCUUCUAGAGUUGCGUCUGCGCCAGUGGGAGCGGUAGGCGCCGCUGGUGCGCAUCUGUCCCCUUGUGCCUCAGAAGGAGCAUUACAACAUUGGGAUGCGAGACGGCGUAUGCAUUUCCAUCUCGCAGGCAUAUUCCCUGAGAUCCAAGUGGCGGAAGCGAUGGCGGCGUACCCAGAAGAAACGGACGCGCAAACGAUGUGCGCAAUCAUUUUAGCGCGAUACAGACCAAGCGAAGCUCAGUUGCCACGCCCGCCGCUGCACUGAUCUCAGUAUUUGUAUCUCACAAAUAUGUUGCUGUGUCGCAUAAAAUAAUAAGAAUCUGUUCAUGUUUGGAUUAUUGUCGAUUUUUGCGAAAAAAUUGAUUUCAUACAUCCGAGCUUAACAAUGCUAGGUUGGGUGUUUCGACUGAGUAAACCAUACGCAUGACUAUUCAGACAGAAAAUUAUAACAAAUGUAUAAAAACUGACUGUGCCAAACAUGCCGAUCGGUUUUGUGGUCGUGUUAAUAAUGAAUAGGCAUUUAUACAUGUAAAUUGUAUAUUUUCAAUUGUUUACGUCACACACUUCUAAGAAGUGGAUGGCUAUAUUUAACGAAGAUAAAUUAAGUUUAGACAUUAAGGAUGUACAAAAUGUAUUUCAUUGUGUAUUUUUAUUAACUAUUCUAUUGACUAUUGUAUUAACAAUAUAUAGUAUAAGAAUAUAACAUUUUCCUGGGUUCCUUGUCCC